GUUUUUGCUGGAUUUAUCCAUCUAAAAACACAUGACUUUGAACUUCGGGGGCGGCGGUGGAGCUGGCAAGGACGACAAGGACCGCAGGAGCGAGCCCUCGGCUUGUCGCUCACCAUGCCGACCGUGGAAGAGCUCUACUGCAACUAUGGCCUCCUAGCCGGUGCCACGAGCCAUGGGCAGCAUAGAGAUGCCUAUCAAGUGAUCUCGGAUGGUGUGAAAGGUGGUACCAGGGAAAAAAGGUUAACAGCUCAGUUUAUUCCAAAAUUCUUUAAGCAUUUUCCAGAAUUGGCUGAUUCUGCUAUCAAUGCACAGUUAGACCUCUGUGAGGAUGAAGAUGUACAAUUCGAUGGCAAGCAAUCAAAGAGCUUCCUCAGUUUUCCAGUGGCAGAUAUUCUUCCCUGAGUAGCAGAUAUUCUAACCCAACUUUUGCAAAUGUAUGACUCUGCAGAAUUUAGCUUAGUGAACAACGCCCUAGUAAGUAUAUUUAAGAUGGAUGCAAAAGGGACUUUAGGUGGCUUAUUCAGCCAAAUCCUUCAAGGAGAAGACAUUGUUAGAGAACGAGCAAUCAAAUUCCUUUCUGCAAAACUUAAGACUUUACCAGAUGAGGUCUUAACAAAGGAAGUAGAGGAACUUAUACUAACUGAAUCCAAAAAGGUCCUAGAAGAUGUGACCGGUGAAGAAUUUGUCCUGUUCAUGAAGAAACUGUCUGGGUUAAAGAGCUUACAGAGUGGAAGACAGCCACUUGUAGAGUUGGUGGCUGAACAGGCUGACCUAGAACAAACCUUCAACCCGUCAGAUCCCGACUGUGUGGACAGGCUCUUACAGUGCACUCGGCAGGCGGUACCCCUCUUCUCGAAAAAUGUGCAUUCCACAAGGUUUGUGACUGACUUCUGUGAGCAGGUUCUCCCUAACCUCAGCUCCUUAACUACUCCAGUGGAGGGUCUUGAUAUACAGUUAGAGGUAUUGAAACUGUUGGCGGAAACGAGUUCAUUUUGUGGUGACAUGGAAAAGCUAGAAACAAAUUUAAGGAAACUGUUUGAUAAGCUCUUGGAGUACAUGCCUCUCCCUCCAGAAGAAGCAGAAAAUGGGGAGAAUGCUGGUAAUGAAAAACCUAAGCUGCAGUUCAGUUAUGUGGAAUGUUUGUUGUACAGCUUCCACCAGUUGGGUCGAAAACUUCCAGAUUUCUUAACAGCCAAACUGAAUGCAGAAAAACUCAAAGAUUUUAAAAUUAGGCUGCAGUACUUUGCACGGGGCCUGCAGGUUUAUAUCAGACAACUUCGCUUGGCUCUCCCGGGUAAAACAGGCAAGGCCUUAACAACAGACGAGAACAAGAUAAAAGUUGUUGCAUUGAAAAUAACAAAUAACAUCAGUGUUUUAAUCAAGGAUCUCUUCCACAUUCCUCCCUCUUAUAAGAGCACAGUAACAUUAUCCUGGAAACCUGUACAGAAGGUUGAAAUUGGGCAAAAGAGAGCCACUGAAGAUACAACUGCUGGUUCACCACCCGAGAAAUUUCCAGCAGGACCAAAAAAUGAUGCAAGGCAGAUUUAUAAUCCUCCUAGUGGGAAAUAUAACAGCAAUUUGGGCGACUUUAAUUAUGAGAGGAGCCUUCAGGGGAAGUAGAGGUGGCAGAGGUUGGGGAGCAGGAGGAAAUCGUAGUCGGGGAAGACUCUACUGAAUAAGACAUCACAUUCUUCAGCAUCGUCAUGAGUUAACACACU